CUCAGGCUGUCGCGGGCGGCCUUUGAGGUUCGGGCUGGGGCCGUGGUUCCACGAGGUUCGCGUGGCCGGCUGGAGCGGGGAGAUGGCGCGACCGUGCAGGCCACACCCGCCGCGGGGGUGACACGGACGCUGGGCCCCUCUGAGGGACCUGGCUCACUGUGCUUCGGCCUCACUCACCGAGCCGUGUGACCUCUUCCCUUCCCCCGAGGCCCAGGAGGCAGCAUGGAGAAGCAAAAGCCCUUCACGCUGUUCGUCCCGCCGAGGCUGAGCAGCAGUCAAGUGUCCGCCGUGAAACCGCAGACGGCGGGAGGAGACUCCAACUACUUCAAGACUGUCAACAAAUGUACAGAAGGUGAUUUUGGUGUUCCAUUUACAAUGUCCAGUCGGGAAAACAUUGAUAAAGAUCCUGCUUUUCAAAAACUUAAUAUUUUGCCCACGAUCGAACAGGUUGCUAAUUCUGGCAGUUGUCACUAUCAGGAAGGAGUAAAUGACUCUGAUUUUGAGAAUUCAGAGCCAAUGAGCAGACUGUAUUCAAAGCUGUAUAAAGAGGCUGAAAAGAUAAAAAAGUGGAAAGUGAGCAUAGAAUCUGAACUGAAGCAGAAAGAAAAUAAGUUGCAAGAAAACAGAAAGAUAAUUGAAGCCCAGCGAAAAGCCAUUCAGGAACUUCAGUUUGAAAAUGAAAAAGUAAGCUUGAAAUUAGAAGAAGAAAUUCAAGAAAAUAAAGAUUUAAUAAAGGGGUGGGACAAGAUAGAAAUGGCUGAUGAAUAUGAGCGGGAAGAAACCAGACAAGUUUAUGUGGAUCUAAAUAGCAACAUUGAGAAAAUGAUACUAGCUUUUGAGGAACUUCGUGUGCAAGCUGAGAAUGCCAGACUGGAAAUGCAUUUUAAGUUAAAGGAAGAUCAUGAAAAAAUCCAACAUCUUGAAGAAGAAUAUCAGAAGGAAGUAAACAACAAGGAGAAUCAGGUAUCACAACUGUUGAUCCAAAGUGCUGAGAAAGAAAAUAAAAUGAAAGAUUUAACAUUUCUCUUAGAGGAAUCCAGAGAUAAAGCUAAUCAAUUAGAGGAAAAAACAAAAUUACAAGAUGAAAACUUAAAAGAAUUAAGUGAAAAGAAGGAUCAUUUAACAUCAGAACUUGAAGAUAUUAAAAUGUCUAUGCAAAGAAGUAUGAGCACUCAGAAAGCAUUAGAGGAAGAUUUGCAGAUAGCAACAAAAACUAUUUCUCAGCUCACUGAAGUAAAAGAAGCUCAAAUGGAAGAACUCAACAAAGCUAAAACUACUCACUCAUUUGUGGUGACUGAACUUAAAGCUACUACAUGCACCUUGGAGGAAUUACUGAGAACAGAACAGCAAAGGUUGGAAAAAAAUGAAGACCAACUGAAACUGAUUACUGUGGAACUCCAGAAGAAAUCAAGUGAACUAGAAGAGAUGACUAAAUUUAAAAAUAACAAAGAAGUGGAACUUGAAGAAUUGAAAAACAUAUUGGCAGAAGAUCAAAAACUUUUAGAUGAAAAGAAACAAGUUGAGAAGCUUGCUGAAGAAUUACAAGGGAAAGAACAAGAACUAACUUUCCUUUUGGAAACCAGAGAGAAAGAAGUCCAUGAUUUGCAAGUACAAGUAACUGUCACUAAAACAAGUGAACAGCAUUAUUUAAAACAGGUUGAAGAAAUGAAAACUGAGCUUGAAAAAGAGAAACUUAAGAAUACUGAAUUAACUGCAAGUUGUGACAUGCUUUUGCUUGAGAACAAAAAAUUAGUACAAGAAGCAAGUGAUAUGGCCCUAGAACUCAAGAAACAUCAAGAAGAUAUCAUUAAUUGCAAAAAGCAAGAAGAAAGGCUGUUGAAACAAAUAGAAAAUUUGGAAGAAAAAGAAAUGCAUUUAAGGGAUGAACUGGAAUCAGUAAGAAAAGAGUUCAUACAGCAAGGAGAUGAAGUUAAGUGUAAAUUGGACAAGAGUGAAGAAAAUGCUCGAAGCAUUGAAUGUGAAGUUUUAAAGAAAGAAAAGCAGAUGAAGAUAUUAGAAAAUAAGUGUAAUAAUUUAAAGAAACAAGUUGAAAAUAAAAGCAAGAAUAUUGAAGAGCUUCACCAGGAGAAUAAAACCUUGAAAAAAAAGAGUUCAGCAGAAAUCAAACUACUGAAUGCAUAUGAGAUAAAGGUCAGUAAAUUAGAGUUGGAAUUAGAAAGUACCAAGCAAAGAUUUGAAGAAAUGACUAACAGUUACCAGAAGGAAAUUGAGAACAAAAAGAUAUCAGAAGAAAAGCUUUUGGGAGAGGUUGAGAAAGCCAAAGCAACAGUUGAUGAAGCUUUAAAGUUACAGAAAGAAAUUGAUUUACGAUGCCAACAUAAGAUAGCUGAAAUGGUAGCACUUAUGGAAAAACAUAAGCACCAAUAUGAUAAGAUUGUUGAAGAAAGAGACUCAGAAUUAGGACUUUAUAAAAACAGAGAACAAGAACAGUCAUCAGUGAAGAUUGCUUUGGAGACUGAACUGUCUAAUAUCAGAAAUGAACUUGUAUCCCUUAAGAAGCAACUUGAAGUAGAAAAAGAAGAAAAAGAGAAACUAAAAAUGGCAAAAGAAAACACAGCUAUUCUCAAAGAUAAAAAAGACAAGAAAAUACAGGCAUCUUUACUGGAAUCACCUGAAGCCACUAGUUGGAAAUUUGAUUCUAAAACAACUCCUUCACAAAAUAUAUCUCGGCUUUCCUCAUCAAUGGAUAGUGGCAAAUCCAAAGAUAACAGAGAUAAUCUGCGGGCAUCUGCCAAAAGCAUUUUACCUACAACAGUUACAAAGGAAUAUACAGUGAAGACACCAACUAAAAAGAGUAUAUAUCAAAGAGAAAACAAGUAUAUACCUACUGGAGGAAGUAAUAAAAAGAGAAAAACAGCCUUUGAAUUUGAUGUUAAUUCAGAUAGUUCAGAAACCGCUGAUCUCUUGAGCCUGGUUUCAGAGGAAGAUGUAUCAAAUAGACUUUAUGAUAAUAAUCUACCAGAUUCUCAUCUAUUAGUUAAAACCCCCAAACAGACUCCUUUAUCACUAUCAACUCCUGCAUCUUUUAUGAAGUUUGGAAGUCUGAAAAAAAUGAGAGAGGACCGUUGGACAACGAUUGCUAAAAUUGAUAGGAAAAGAAGACUAAAGGAAGCAGAAAAGUUAUUUUCUUAAUUUCAGAAAACCAAUGUUGGUUACAGAGACAAAAAACAUUAAAUAGUUAACUUUAUUAUUUCCAAGAGAGCCAAACUUUACCAAGGAAUUCAGACUUUAAAAUUAAUUACACAAAUAACUUGGGUUUAUGUUACUAUAUUUGUGGCCUAAAUAUAAAAUAACUAUAUUUCAUCUGAGUUUUUUAUUUAAUUCGGAUACUUAACAUUUUGUUGCUUUUACUUGCAAUGGAUAUUGAAGUUCGAAGUUUUUUAACUUGAGCUUUUGAUCAUUAGAAAUGCAUUAUUAAGAUUUAUAAAUUUUUCUUUGUUAUUAAAAUAUUUUGAAUGC